AUGGUGGACAGACAAAGUAGACACAAGAUCAAGACUUUGAGAACUAAUGGUGGUGGAGAAUAUGUGUUGACAGACUUCAAUGCAUUGUGUGAAAGAGAAAGGAUUGUGCAUGAGGUGGUGCUGACAUACACUCCUCAACAAAAUGAUACUACUAAAAGGAAAAACAUCACUAUUAUGAACAUGGUAAGAAGUAUAUUGAAGGGAAAAUAUCUACCAAAUAAAUUAUGGGGUGAAGUUGUGUCUAGUGCAACAAACAUCUUGAACAAAUGUCCAACCAACAAGCUAGAAGGAAUCACACCAGAAGAAUGUUUGGCUAGUUUUAGGCCUAACUUGUAUAUAUGUGACUUACCUUUAGAGCGUGAAUAUGAGUUUGAUGAAGGUGAAGAGUUGAUGUAUGUAUCUGCUAAGCAAGUGAGAGGAUCCGUGAAGGAAUGGGCACUAGUGUUUGUGAUUUUAGCUUCGUUGGAAGCCAAAGACAAGGGAGUAGUUCGUGAUCUUCAUGCAGUGUGUGAAUUUCUGGAAGUGUUUCCGGAAGACAUCAGUGAUUUACCACCAGAGCGAGAGAUUGGGUUUACUAUUGACUUGGUACCCGAUACUAGUCCUGUUUCUAUGGCUCCAUAUGGAAUGUCUGCUUCUAAGUUGAGCGAGCUAAAGAAAUAG